UCAUUUAAGUAUUUGAGCUUGCGCAUUGAAAACAAAAGUGUUAAAGUAACGGAAUACAAUUGUAUUAACGGUUUAGUGUACUGCAUAUAAGAAACGAAAAGCAUACAUACAUAUACUGGUUAUUUAACAGUGUAAAAAAUUGAGAAUUUGUGUAUUUUUAGUGGUAAAAAAAUUAAUGCAAAUAUCAUAAGAAGACAUUUACGUAAAAAAUACUAACAAAAAAAACAUAAACAAUAGAGAAAAACGUGCUUUAUAAACAAAUACAAUACGUUUUCCGGUUCUUACAAAACUCAACUUUGCUCCAAGGAACGGAAAAGGCCAACACUUUAGUGCGCCUUAGUGGAUACACAUUCUUUGUCAGUCGCGAAAAAUUGGAAUAAAUCACGAAUAACAAUGCACUUACGUCUGGUAUUACUAAUCUCUGCGACAUGCUUAAUGGGCAGCGCGUUUUCCGCAGCCACCAGUGAUGUUACUGCCUCAGCGACUACAGCUAAACCACAAGGUUUUGCUGCACGCUCCAUCGAAGCUACAGAUGAUGAGGAUGAAUUUGAAUCGCAAGCUCAGACACAUUUAGCUUAUCGACAACAGCAACAGCAACAACAACGUCAAUUAUAUGACUACAGCCAGUCGGAGGAGGAUCAGGAGGAAGCGCCACGACAAAUUUAUCAAAGUCGAAAUGUGAAACAACAGAGUAAUUACUUGAAGCAGAAUAAAAAGCCGACGAGCGAGGAGGAAAGUGAGGAAGAGCCAGAGGAGGAGCCAGACAGAUUGUCACAAUUGUUGGCUAAAUCAUCGUUUAGUUGCAAUUCGAAAAAUUCAGGCUAUUAUGCCGAUGAGUCACUAAGCUGCGAAGUAUUCCAUUAUUGUCAAGAUAAUCAACGCCAUUCUUGGAUCUGUCCCGAAGGUUUCACCUUCCACCAAAUCCAUCUAAUUUGUAUGCCGCCAUCGCAUGACAAUAUCUGCCAGCAAUCCUCCAAAUAUCAUAUUGUUAACGAUUACCUCUACAAACCAAUAAACUUACAGGAGCACCAAAGCAAACCCAACGUCACUCUUCGGUAUUCGGAGCGUUAUUAUCCCGAAAAUUAUUAUGAAAACGAACGUUAUGAAGAUGAAGAGGAAGCGCCGCGUCAACGUGUGAAUCAUCAACGACAACCUGUUCAAGUCGGCUUUCAACAGCAGCAACAACAGCAGCCGAUCUACCAGCAACCCCGCCAACAAGUACAACAAAUACGUCAUCAACCGGUCCAGCAACAACAACAAGCACAACAGCAACAAACAACCGUUUAUCGUAAGCCUGUUGCCACCACAACUACAACACAACCCCAACCGCAGCAGCAACUUAUCCAACCAAUCCAACAACAUCCCAUCCAACAGCGUCCUAUCGCGCAAACCAUUGCGCCUCUAGUGACACCAAGUCCAUAUAGAUUCUUCACAGCUGCAUCACCGUUGCAACAUGCCGUGCAACAACCUCAGGUCUAUCGCACGCCAGAGGAGAUCAACAUUUCAUUGCUGCAACGUCGACCACAACUUUUCGUUGCGACUUCGACGCCGCGCUAUUACGAAGACGAUUACCUAUACGAACGAAGAAAGUAAAGUUGACCAAAUCAUUUCGAGCUCGUCGUCCUUAUCCUAACUCACUAUUUUUAUAUUAUUAUCAAUCUACUUUAAUAAUUACAUUCAUAUUCAUCUUGUCCAACAACAGCAUCGUGAAUUGAAUUCCAAAUACAAAACGAAUUCUUCGAAUUGUUUCUAGCUGUAAGCCUUAAGUCUAACGAAUUAUAAACAGUUUUAAUUUUUAUUUUGUCUUAGCUUUUUACCAUUAUAACAACUACAUAUACAUAUACAUAUAUAACGAGUUUUAAAAUAGUCCCGAAAAUCGUAUUAUAUGUGUACCUAAUUAUGAAUGGUUAUUUGUCCGGAACCUUGGAUAGAGAUUACAGACGUAAUUUUUUGUAAAUUAAAUAAAAAUU